GCUGUUCGAUGGUGUCCGUGAACGCGCAUGGACUCGUGAGCAACUGAAGUGAGCUGCGGAUCGGACAGCACUAGUUAGUGAGAUUCAGCUGCUGGUUUGAGGAGUAAGCAGUGCUGUCAAUCUUUGGGAAUAUGCAGGUAGAACUUGAAGUGCAUCUUCAAAUCUUAUUGGCUGUUGGCUUGGCCGUCCUCUGUUUCUGUCUGGUGAUUGGUUGCAUCGUCUGCCUUUGGCUUCAUAAGUCCCGCCCUACAGAUGAUAAGGAGGCGGGGCUUUCCUCACCUCCUCUACCUGCAGCUCAUGUGACCCUAAGCCCCUCCCCUGCCAUCAACACCCUGCCAAUCAAACAGCAGUAUGAAGAGCUGGACGGAGACGUUCUGGACUCUCCCUCAUUUAACAGCAGCUCGACGCCGUCAGAAGAUGAUCUUUCUUUACCAUAUUAUCCUAUUAAGUCACAUUUCAAUCUACGGCGGCUCAGCUCCCCCGCUGUUCCCUAUAAACCUGUCCGUGGUCGUUCCUCGCUCCCGAUCAUUCCUAAGCUCGGCCUGGUUAGGAAGUCACGCCGGGUGGUUGAUCACAAAAGCGGUGAUGACAUUUCGUUUUCAGAAAGGAGCAAGCUUAACGCAGACAGCGGCCGACAUUAUGGCUCCGGCUCUCACAAACCCACACCUUCCCUUCACUUCACCCUUGUUUUCUCACCAGCUGAGGGCAAACUCACCGUCACCGUUCUGGGGCUCUACCGGGGCUCUAGGAAGCUGAGCGGGACUAUGGUGAGGGCCUGUCUGCCUCCGCUCUGCCCCACGCUGCUUCAGGGCGGCCCGACACGCAGACACAGCCUCGGUCCCGAGGCUCCAGCGCAGGUGCUCCAGCUUCAGGUGAGGUCAGCAGAGGAGCUCCAGUCCUGUACCCUCAGACUGACCGUGUCCAGCAGGGAUUUCUCCGGUCUGAGAGAGACGGCUGUGGGUGAACUCGAACUAGCAUGUGCUGAAAUCCACUGGGAACCCGACUGCACCCUCACCUUUAAUCGUCAACUCAACCCUGUGAGGAGGAGGCUGAGGAAGAGUCAGAGUUCCCAGAAUGCACUGGGGGGCGUCCGGGCCUCUGUUUGUCCGGUGCGUUUUCUGGGUCAGAUCCUGGUUCUGCUGCAGUAUCAGACGCUGGCGCACCGGAUGAAGGUGAUGGUGAGGAAAGCUGAGAACCUCCCCAAACUCACCAGGAUGCCUGGCACUCCAGAUCACUAUGUCGUCAUCAACCUGCGUCAGGACGGUAACGUCAUCAGCACUAAAGAGACGAAAGGUGCCAGUGGAGCGAACGCGGUUUGGAACGCACCCUUUCUGUUUGACCUGCCGGAGGGGAACAUCCUCGGACUGCCGCUGCUUCUGGAGCUCCUCGUGAUGCAGGGAAGGCUGUACACGAAGAGUUGCAUUCUGGGUCGUGUUCUGAUUGGCUGCGGAGGUUCUGAAGCAGGAACCCAGCACUGGAGAGAGAUGUGCAGCAGGGCGCAGGUGGAGACGGCAUGCUGGCACGAACUCCAACCAAACCCCUUAUAGGCCAGCUAAGUUUGAUUGACAUGCCCCUGAGCCAAUAGAAUCACUCUCUGUAAAACUUCACAUUUCUUGAUGGAUUUUGGGAUGGAGCUGCUGAACCUGGUUUGAGUUUGUUUGCAAAUAUGUGUUAUGUAUGUAUAUGGUCACUGCUAGGUGUCAUUACGGCUCGUUAACUUAAACAUCAGAUGCUGCUUUUGCACUAGUGAAGUGAUCAGUGUUCUUACUGCUGCUGUUAACCACAACAUGUUUUUAUUUAUUUAAAGAAGCUUAAUUAAUAAAUAUAUAUAUUGGAUGAAAAACCUGAACUUAAACAUUUUAUUUUAUUAAAUAAGUUACAUAUAGCAAUAUAAAAAUAAAAAGCUUAUUCAAAAUAUGAAUAAACAAUAUAAUUUUACAUAAAUAAUGCUAAAAUGGCAUUGUGAUAUUAAUGUGUUCAAUCAUUCUAAAAGGAAAUUUGAUUCAGACUGAGACAAUCAUAUGAUUUUGCGUUUGUUUGACUAGUUUAUAUUUUUAGUUCUUACACUAUAUAACACAUCAAAUUAAGGUGAUGAUUUAAAAGAUUUGAUCAGGACUCGUCUGGAGCUGCAGGCAAACUCUAGAGAUGUGUAGAGUUGAAAUGAGAGAUUCAGAACACAUGCAAAAUCUCAUCUAGGAAACAAAGAUGCAGCCAACUAUUAAUGAUCUGGUUAUGAAUUUCAAAAUCCACUCAGUUUGCAAAUCGAGCUAUUUUAAACCCCAAAUACUCACUGAAGUGGACAAGAAACCCACAAACUGUAUUUUAAUGCAAUUCCAUGCAUCAGAACGUCCUUAUUAUGCAGCUUCUCAGUGUUUGUUUUUCUGAAUUGGUUUAAGAAGAUUUCAGCGUGCAGAUGGAAAGUUCAGUGACUUCACAUGAUUUCCAGUUAACACAUGCUAAUACAAAAACACAAAAUAAAUGAUGAAAUUUCAUGGAUUUUAUUUUAAACGUCAGUGCAUGAGGGAUUACAUCACUAGGUGCACUACUGGAUAACUUCAUGACUUUUAAGUCGCUUGAUGCACCAUUAAAUCGCUGAUAAAAAUGGCAUCUGUUUAACAGUUUUGAUUUUUUAAAGCAUGUCUAUGUUGUAUCAUUAUGGCAUUUGUUUCUUUGGUUCUGUGUAAAUGCUGCAUCACGAAUAGUUCACUUAAAAAUUUGAUUUUGCUGAAAUGUUCUCAUCCUCAGGAUGAAUUUGUUUCUUGAUCAGAUUUGGAGAAAUGUAGCAUUGCAUCAGUGUCAGCAGUGAAUGGGUGCCGUCAGAAUGAGAGUCUGAUAAA